CUUUUACCUCGCUCUUACUUUAUUAAAAGCUCGUUUUUUUGUAGGCAAAGUUGUGAUUGAUGGAAUUUCUUAUCUUUUAUUGGUCACUCAAUGUUCUGAAUUGGGAAAAAUUUCUUCUAAAAAUGACACAAUCUAUCGAAUAGAAAAAGUCUGUGCUUUGCCUAUUUUGGCUGAUGGAAUGAAAUGCAAAACUUUUUUUGAAAAUAUUGAUGGAAUUGACAAUUUGGAACGUUUAAAAAAUCAACCAAAAAAGUUUGCUAAAAUGAUCUCACACAAAAUGCCUAUGCGUAAUUUACCUAUUUCUCCUAAACUUAUUGAUGAAAUUGUUGUAUUUUUAAGUCAACCAAACAGUUUUUACUUUGCACAUAAUUUUGAUAUUACAAGAAGUUUACAAAGUGCAACAUCCAACACUGAUUUGUCAGAUUCUCGUUUCUUUUGGAAUAGGCAAUUAUUGGAUGAAUUUUUUGUUCGUGAUGGAACACCAAUUCCAGCAUUUAAAGAUUGGAUAACCCCAAUAAUACAUGGCUAUGUUGAUCAACAAACAAUUUCUUUUGAUUUAGACUCUCCUUUGUUAACACUUAUUUUAAUAUCUAGACGUUCUAUUAAAAGGGCGGGAGUUCGCUAUUUACGAAGAGGAAUUGAUGAAGAUGGGGAUGUUGCCAAUUUUGUAGAAACUGAAUUCAUUAUUUGUAUGUUUGAUCAUUGUCUUUCUUUUGUACAGUGUCGUGGUUCAGUCCCAGUUUUUUGGAGUCAAAAAGGUUAUCGUCUAAAACCUCCACUUGUUAUUGAUCGCCCUUUGGAGGAAUCAUUGCCCACUUUUAGCAUCCACAUUGAACAAUUACUACAUUUAUACUCAAUUCCACUUGUUAUUGUAAAUUUAGCUGAUCAGACAGGGAGAGAAGCUGUCCUUUGUGAUGCUUAUCUUCAACACAUUCUGGCUUUUAAUUGUAACAAUGUCACCUACCAUUCAUUCGAUUUUCACCGAGUUUGUGGCAAUAGACGGCAUCACAAACUGUCAGAAUUAAUGGAAACUUUAAAAGACGAAAUUUCAUCAAUUGGUUUUUGUUGGAUUGAUAAAAGUGGGAAAGUAGUAAUGCGGCAAAAAGGAAUAAUUAGAACGAAUUGUAUUGACUGUCUAGAUCGAACUAAUGUUGUCCAAAGUGCAAUUUCCCAGGCUGUAUGUUUAAUUCAAUGUAGAAAGUUGGGAAUUAUUGAAGCGGAGGCUAGUGCUCCUGAACAGUUUGUGCGGUUAUUGCAGCGAAUGUGGGCAGAUCAUGGAGAUUCGAUUUCUAAGCAGUAUGCUGGCACUAGUGCAUUGAAAGGAGAUAUAACUCGAAAUGGACAACGUAAAAUUUCUGGUUUAGUCAAGGAUGGCUAUAAUUCAGCUUCUCGUUAUUAUUUAUCGCAAAUGUGUGAUGCAAAUAGACAAAGAGUUAUUGAUGCUAUCUUGGGGUUGUCAAUAACAGAAGAAGAUACAUAAUUUUGUGGAAUGUUUAGGGUAUUGGUAUUAUAUAUUCAAGAAAAUUUUCAAAAAAUACUUUAUAAAAUACCCUGUCAAACUGUAUAAGGACGUCCUUAUGUUUUCAUAGCCUUUUUGAGUUUUUCUUCCUAUUUUGAUUUUCAAACUUUAUUUUAAACAGUUUUGGUUGUUAUUUGUAACGGAUGUUAAUUGUCUAUUAAUCGGUUACCUAAUUUCUGUUUUUAUUUUUCGGAGAACCUUUAUUUGGGCCGGACAUUUAAAUCUACUUGG